AUGGGUGAGUCUGAGGAGCCCUCGUCUCCAGCUUCAGCCUUUGAGGCAGGUUCUGCGUCUCAAGAUGGGGGAAUUCCUGCAGUGCAUGAGACGCCGGAAGAACCCUCUGCCGCAACGCUAACUCUCGAAGAGGCAAAACUCCGAAAACGGAAAGAGAAAAUGCGAGAGUUCAGAAAAUAUCUGGUCGAUACACACGUUGUCGACGCACUUGCCAAACUGCUCAUUGCAUUAUGCGAAGCUGAGGAGCGGCCGGCACGACCUCAGGAAUACUUUAUUGACUACUUUGGGGAGUACAGGCGACGCCAUUGUUCUGGUCACGCAACAGCGCAUGCAUCAGAAAAUCUGGGCAGCCGUCUCUCGAGACGCAGUAAGUGCAACACAAAGAGUCCUUUGGUUUUCUAUCCGGGCCACUUGACUUCGCUGACUCGAACGAACGACAUCUGCAGAGAAAAGCAACUGGGAAAACGGUUUACAUCCCUUCUCGGAUUGGUGCAGUGGCGCCGCAGACCAGUGCCCGAGCACACGCCGAUACAAAUCUGGCUGAAAAACACGGUUUCCUGUUUGCUUUCUCUGCAAAAGAACCUGCCCUCGUCGUAGAAUCUUCUUACAGAGUCUGUGCACAGGCGUUUCAGUUGGGUGGUGGUGGACAGCAACCGUAAAGAACUUGGUGGCCUCUACCACGUAGCAGGAGUCGUAUUCAGUAUCCUCUCCGGAAAAAGACAGUUUCUAUAAACCUAGGCAUCCCACUUCAUACUUGGUGUGACGGCGGUUAAUUGUCACACAAGCUUGAGAAUGUUUGGUUUUUCAUGGACUCCGCAAAACUUUUCAUCAUGAGAGUCCGGAUCUGUCGUCGCUUUCU